CAACAUGAUUUCUGCAAUUCAUUGGAUUCGUCAAGGUGUUGCUGCUCAACACCCUGAAAAAUAUAAUUUGGAUGACAAGGAAUAUGAUCGUAUUCAAAAAUUGGCUGCUGAUCAACUGGAAGAUGCAAGAGAAGACUUGAAAGCUGCUGAAGCUAUGUCUGUCGAUCAAAAAGAACCCACUACUACUACUAAUGAUGACGAUGACUUGGCUAGAUAUAAUUUGGACACUUAUGAUGAAGAAGUAGAAGCUGACAAAGAUCGACAGGUUGGUGUUUUCUCCAAAAUCAAAAACUUGACUUAUUACGAUAAUGACGAUGAAGAUCCAUAUGUUACCAUGAAAGACGAUGCCAAAGAACAACUUGAAGAACAACAAGAAUUGGAGAUUCUUCCUACCGACAAUUUACUAUUAGCCGCCAGAACCGAAGAUGAUAUUUCUCAUUUAGAAGUAUAUGUUUUUGAAUCCAAUCAAGACAACUUGUAUGUACAUCAUGAUAUCAUGUUACCUUCGUUUCCUUUAUGUUUGGAAUGGUUAGAUUUCCACUGUGGCACGAAAUUGGGCCAAGCUUCUAAUGGCAAUUAUGUGGCUAUUGGUACUUUUGAACCUGAUAUUGAAAUUUGGAACUUGGAUACUAUCGAUGUUAUGUACCCUGAAACUAUUCUUGGUCAUACCGAUAAAUCAAAGAAGCGAUCAAAGAAAGUCAAUGCCAAUUAUCAUGUGGAUGCUAUCAUGGAUUUAUCUUGGAAUAAAAAUCACAAAAACUUUUUACUUUCUUCUUCAGCUGAUGGUACUGUGAAAAUGUGGGAUUUGACUACUUCGAAAUGUGUUCAAUCAUAUACCCAUCAUUCCGAUAAGGUGCAGUCUGUUGCCUGGCAUCCUACUGAAGCGACAGUAUUUAUGACUGGUUCUUAUGACAAGACGGUAUGUGUAUUGGAUGCUCGUUCUCCUGGUCAAGUAACUAGAUGGCAAUUAGAUAGUGAUGUGGAAUCAUUACGCUGGGAUCCUCAUCAACCUACCAAUUUUUAUGUCGCUUUGGAAAGUGGGUUUGUACAUUAUUACGACGUACGUAACAAGAAUGGUGAACAAGGUGGUAAACCCUUAUAUAUCUUACAAGCUCAUGAUGGUCCUGUAAGUGCCUUGGAUGUGAACCCUUUGAUUCCUGGAUGUAUCGCUACUGGUGGAACUGACAAAGCAAUCAAGGUUUGGAAUACGACUAACAACAAGCCUAGUAUGGUGACCACUCGUAACUUUGAUUUGGGAAAGAUCUUUUGUACUCAAUUCUGUCCUGAUGCUGCCUUCCAAUUGGCCAUUGCUGGAUCUAACGGUAAGAUGCAUAUUUGGGAUAUGUCAACCAAUGCUGGGGUACGACAAGCUUUCAGUCAUAUUCAAGGUUUAGCUGGUCCUGCUCCUGCUGUGGAAAAACAACCUAUUACUAUCUUGGAUAGUGCUGAACAUGAAAGUGAUGAUGAUGAUGAUAUGGAACAAGAUGCUGCUGGACAUGGUGACGACGAUGAUGAUGAUGAUGAUGAAGAUGACGAUGAUGAAGAUAUGGAUGAAGAAUAGAUCUCCUAUUUUUUUUUUUUUGUUAUCAUUAUUAUUC